AGAGCUCAACCUGUCAUGCACACAGUCUCACACACAAAACUGGAGAUACACAAAGAACUGAAACGUUUGUGUCACGAUCAGAGCGGAAAUAAUCUGAAGACCACAUAGAGGGAUCAUAAAGACUGGAUCCUGAGGCCCUGCGGAGCCGGGAGACAUUUUGGUCAGGUGGUUUGACUUCACACCGACUAGACAACACAACCUGAUCAAAAGGUUUCAGCAUCCUGACAUUGUGACUUCUUCACCAUGGAUCAAGAGGACGACAAACACUCUGUGGACAUCCAUGACAAUCCUCCAGCCCCUGACAACGUGGUGAAGGAGGACGGAGACACGGUUUAUUUCAUAUACGAGGAGGAAGUGGAGGUGGAGGAGAAAGAACCAGAACCUCCUUCGGAGCCGGUCAUCCGGGUCAAUGACAAACCUCACAAGUUCAAGGACCACUACUGCAAGAAACCCAAGUUCUGUGACGUCUGCGCUCGCAUGAUCGUCUUGAACAACAAAUUCUGUCUGAGGUGCAAAAACUGCAAGACCAACAUCCACCAUUCGUGCCAGUCCUACGUCGAGUUUCAGAGGUGCUUUGGAAAAAUUCCGCCUGGUUUCAGACGAGCGUACAGUUCUCCUCUUUACAGCAGCGACCAACCAGACCCAAACAACCCAAACCGGAGCGAUCCAGUCUUUGACACGCUGAGAGUUGGUGUCAUCAUGGCAAACAAGGAGCGCAAAAAGAAUGAAAAUGACAAGAAAAAUAUGAUGAUGAUGAUGGAAGAGGAAGAGGAGGAGAACCAACAGCCCAAAGAGAACGAGGAAGGAGGAGAAGGGAAACCUGAAGAUAAAAAAGAGAAAGGUGGAGACAAAGCAGAUGACAAGAGUAAAGGAGCAUUUACCGGGUCUCACUAUUUUACUGCUCUGUACCGCUUCAAGGCCAUUGAGAAAGACGACCUCGACUUCCACCCUGGUGAUCGGAUCAUAGUGCUCGAUGACUCCAAUGAGGAGUGGUGGAGGGGGAAAAUGGGGGAGAAAACAGGAUACUUCCCCGCCAACUACCUCAUCAAAGUGCGAGCGUCAGAGAGAGUUUUCAAGGUGACCCGCUCCUUCGUAGGCAACAGAGAGAUGGGACAAAUUACACUCAAAAAAGAUCAGAUUGUGGUGAAGAAAGGAGAUGAGAAGGGCGGCUACUUGAAGGUCAGCACAGGACGAAAGCUGGGCUACUUUCCUGCUGAUUUGCUUCAGGAGAUCACUGUGACAGAAACACCAAAAUAAAUGUUUUAAAAAGGGCAGAAACACAUUUUAAACCUCAAUGUAAACCGGAUGCAAUCUUCUGAAUUGCAGCAGAACUUGGCUUGUGUUUGCUGUGACGUAUGUUUGCUUUUAGGCAAUAAUUUCAUAAUUUAGUUUUAUUAAAGGUCUCAAUAAAAAGCUCAGCUUUGAGUGGCAUAUUGGGCAGAUUUGGUUGCUGCCUGCUUUAGUUAGCAGAGGAACACGUUAAGUUUUCGAACAGUCAUGGAGUAACUUGUCAAAUAAAAGAGUUUUUCUGAAAGUUGGAUAUUUUAAUAAGUAUUUGCCAUUUUAAAUUGGUUUUCAUGCAACUCCGUAUUCCUGUUCUCACAAAGAAUGAAACAGAUUAAAACAGCAGAACAUAUAAAAUAAGAUCAGAGAGCUAUUCAGGUUAAAAAAGGGAGAUGUUAAGAAAACUCAAAUUAUUUAUCUAUAUAAAUGACAAUUGUUUUGGUUAAAUAUUUCCGAUAAAACAAGAACGUGUGUUUUUUACUACA